CAUUGCACAGACAUAUUGAUGCAACACCUGAUGUGUAAUGGCAAUCUGGACAUCAUUACGUUCAACUGGGUUGAGACUCAGUCGAAUCCAUUUCCAGACUUUGCUGUCAACCAUCAGUGUAGGGAUUUUGAUGCGAUAUAUGAGUGGCAGGAUAAACACUCCGUGCCAAAGUAA